CAAAAUAUUUCGAGUUACAGGAGAGCUCUGAAGAAGAGAGAGCGAUUCAAGCUUCUAGGGUUUUUGUUCAAAGGGGGAGGCAAUGUCAGGAAGAGCCGAAGAGGCAAGGGAUUAGGAAAGGGUGGACCGAAGAGGCAUCGUAAGGUGCUGAGUGAUAACAUCCAAGGUAUCACGAAGCCUGCAAUUCGUCGUCUCGCGAGGCGUGGAGGUGUCAAGCGUAUCAGUGGCUUGAUCUAUGAAGAGACCCGAGGUGUUCUCAAGAUCUUCCUUGAGAACGUUAUUCAUGAUGCAGUUACCUACACUGAGCAUGCUCGCAAGAAGACAGUGAUUGCCAUGGAUGUGGUUUAUGCUCUCAAGAGGCAAGGCAGGACUGUCUACGGAGUUGGGGGUUAGGCUUCUUGUUGAAAUUUGGGUUUCUUCUUCUUGGUGUAAAUGGGUUCU